UACUGUCAAAGUCAAAAUUAAAGGAGGGGAUGAAUGAAAGAUGAAAACACAUGGUUGUUUCAUUAGUGAAAUAAACUCGAAUUUAAGUCAAGUAAAGUAGAAUCACUAGUUUAAUUAGAUUCAACAAACAUGGAUUCAGAAAACAGUUACAUUAAGGAUAUGCUGGUCGCUUCAAUGCCAUCCUCAGACACCAACCAAAUAGAACAAGAAUUAAAAAGAAGUUUCAUAUUUGGCAAAUACAAAGCAAGUGUUCCUAAAAAACAAACUAAGCAGAAAAAAACUUUGAAUCGUAAACAGAAAAAAGCAUUAGGUUUCUAUUCCAUACCUAAGAAAUCAAUUAAAUAUGAAGAUAUGGAAGUUAUACAUGGCUUGUGGAAACAAUACAUGACGAAGUAUUUAAACAUAACUCCAGAUUUCAGAGUGCCUUCAAUAGGAGAAAAAUCAUGGGAAAAUUUUAGUUUAUUAUUAGUUAAAGCAGACUUUCAUGGUGCAUUAAUGACGAUAGUUAGAUCUCGAUGUCCAGGUCUAGUAGGAAAAAAAGGAAUUUGUAUAAUGGACACAAAGAAUACCUUUAAAAUUGUCUCUACAGAUAAUAUAACAAGAAUUAUACCCAAAGAAAACUCUGUCUUCAAAUUCCACCUAGAAAAUCUUGAAUUCACAGUAUUUGGAAAAAACCUAAUGAUUAGACCCGCUGAAAGAUCUGUGAAGAAAAUCAAGCAGCACAUGGAAGCUGAUAUUUAA